AUGUUGCGUAAGAAUUCUGCUAGUAGUCAUGAAAAGUGCGAUUGUAGUGAUGCGCAAAAUGAUAUCCAUGAAGUGUAUCGGUAUACCCGUGAAGAAAUAUUGAAUAUAAAAGAUCUGCCAUUGAGCAGAAUACGUCCUCAAUAUUUGUCUACCGAAUUUGAUAACGAUGAGGGGAAUUUUGAACCGGAAAAAUGGCUCGAAUAUCGUUGGAUUUGUGAGGGAGUGGAAAAUCGUUCGAAUACGAAUAUUAAAAGAAAGGAAAAGUUGAAGGUCGAGGCACUGGAAGGAGACGCAACCAUUCUUUCUCCACAGAGGCGAGCUUUUUCUUCGGGAUGUCGUGGUGCAUCGCCGGUGAAGAACGAAGCAGAGACGGAAAGACUUGGUACAACCAAGGCCAGUUGGCGAAGUGGUGCUGGUUUUCAGCUGAAGAAUUCUGGAACGGAGUACAAGGCAUCAUUUCACAAAAAUGUGGGAAGCAAUGAAUCUUCAUUUGUAAGGGCUCGUCAACAAAAUGGCAUUUUACCGAGUAGUGCAGGCAACUGGCGUUCAGGCGAUACAUCAUUCAAGCCAAAUUAUCAGAAAGAAAGUGGUCAAAGCCAGAGAGGCAAGUCUGCAGAAAUGACAACGGACGAAAAGAUUCCAGAGUGGCUCAGCGAUGGUCCAACAUCAAUGCAUGAUAUGAUUGAAUUGCGUGGUUUUGAUGACGACAAUAAGAUUAGACGUGAUUUUUCUCAAAGACCGAAGAGACAUCCAAUGAGGAUGGCACAACAAAGUGGGAUUUCCGGUGCAAAUGAACUGAACGAAAUCGUGGUAGAUGAGAAAACCGAUUUGACGGACUGGAGGCCAUCUUCCCAGAUUGGUACUGGCGAUUUAGGCUUAUCCUCAGUUGGUAUAUCGACUUCAUCCCUCAAUCAAAGCAGUGACGGUGAUCUACUAAGAAAUCGCAGUCUGUCUUUUGCAACGGCUGAUAAUAGCAACUCAUUGACUGCGGUACCCUUACUAAAUGGCAGAUUGCCAAAUACCGAUGCUGAAUUUGCUGCAAUUAUGGGUAUUCUUGGUGAUGCCGAUUUGGACUCAUUGAAAGAAAAUGAGAUUAAAUCUCCAGAGACGAAAGAACCAACCGGUAGCAGAUUGUCACGCUUCUUUGCUACAACUAAAUAUGAGAAUUCAGAUAAUUCAUGUGUUAGUAGAAACGAAUCUUCGCAGCAGAGGCAUGCUAUUCCUUCGUCGUCUUCAAUUUCUGACCCUUUUCAAGCUUCAUCAUCGAUUUCUGUUCUCAAUAAGAUAUUUUCAAAUACUUAUCAGCGACCUUUUCACUCGCAAUUCAUUCCAGAACCGCAUGUUGCGCCAUCAGUACAAGGAGUUUUGCGAGUUGAAGAUUUAGAACGUAAUUUCCAGAAGGAAUCGAUUCCUGGAAAUUCAUCAACUCCAUCUGCUGGUGCUGAUGGUUUUGGGAACGUAAUAACUAGCGAACAGCUUCCGUCCGAUUCAGGACAGUCGUAUUUAAGCCAGACAAUAAAAGGAAAUCCACUUGGUGAUCCGCACCAGCAAGCGCAUCUCAUGAAUAAGCUAAAUAAAUUUGCACGUCUGCAAAAUGGAACGACGGAUGACGUUUCACGGAUAACCGAAGACAAUUUGACACUCCCACCAAAAAUUUCUUUGGCUCCAACACAUCAUCUAUCAGGGAUACCACUGAAUUCGCAAACGUCUCAUCCUGUGGCACCUCCACCUUUCUCUGAUGUCACCUUUCAUGCAGCGUUUCUUCGCUCGCAAUAUGAGAAAGCAGCCGCUUUGCACGCACUUGCUGCUAAUCAGCGGUCAGCGCUUGUUUCAAAUGCACAAGCAGUCGACAAUACUGUUUUGAGGCAUGCUUUGACAAAUAUGAUGGGGAAUGGAACAGUAUCACAAUCGACGCAAACACGAUCGGUAACUGCUGCUACUCCGACCCUAACACGGGCUUCUACAACGGGCGUACUACCAAAUUCGUUUAUGCCAACUUCGGUGAUGCGUCAGAUGACCAAAAACAACAAUACGACUGCGACCAUGGAAGAAAAACUGCGUCACUCUAACAUGCCCAUAUGUUCUACGCAGUAUGGUGCUAUCAAACAAAAUCUUGUCCCGGAGCAUUUCAAUAUACCUCAUAAACUUGCUGGAGACGCUGUGGUUGGUGGUAUGGCAUCAAAAAAUGCAGCUAACUUGAUGACAAGACUCGCUUUACAGCAGCAAUAUGCUCAAGUGCUUGCAGCAAUGCAAAAUAAUUUAUCAUUGAAUAAUUGGCAAUCGAACGCGCAAAUUACAGCUUCAGUACGAGCACAAGCACUAGCAGCUCAUGCAGAACAUCAACGACAUUAUGCACUUGCGAUGAUGCGUGGUGAUUUGAAUCAAGCACAGGUCAUUCGAGCACGAUUGCUGUCACAACAAGCAGCAGCCUUUGGAACUUUGCCCAGUGUUCCGGUAGCUGCUCCUCAUCCUCAUCAUGUAGGAGCGCCACUGGUACCUAUGCAACCAGUAGCGACAACAGCACAAGUUCCAGUGCCACAAAACAAUCAGCCACCCCCAUCGUUAGUACAAUAUAAAUAUCAGAAUCCCCUAGAAAAACUGCUCCAAUCAGCGGGUGUACCGGCGAACAGAGGUUUACAGCUGCCAAACAGAGAGCCGUGUCAAGGUUCAUCUCUACAAACGACAACAAGUGAUCUCCCCUCCAUAAUAUCGCGUCUUCCGCCAACUGCUAGUUGUAUUAGUGUCGAAGAGCUUGAGAAACAGUUUGCAGCAAAUUGA